ACCACCAAACCACAAAUUUAUUCUUUAAGAACUAAUAUUCCCGCAAUGGACAGUGCAACAAACCUUCCAGACCUCCCGACUGAGCUGGAACGAGUAAUAUUUGAAAUGGUGGCGGAAGAUGACUUGCAGGAUGGAUUGAGACUUUCGUUUGUGGCCAAGCGCGUGCGAGAAUGGGUCGAGCCCAUCAUAUACCGCCGCCUCGUCGUCUACAGAACCAAGUGGCACACUCACGAUGCGGAGCUCAAGCUCAAGCCCGCGGUUUUCCCUUUUAAGCGGACGGUGGACCUCGCCCAACUACAAACUAUGCGCUUUGCGCGCCAUGUCCAUACUCUCUACGUGGCCAACAUCACGGUGCUGGAGCUAUCGACGCUGCUGACCGCCUGCACUCGCAUUUCCGAGCUGGGAAUGUCGGAAUGCGUCUUGGAUUCAUCCGUUUUGGGACUCAUUAACGCCCGCAAACUCUCUCGGCUGUCUGUAGGUGGGAAAGAAGACUAUUUCGCAACAUCCUUCAACUUCCCGUCCCGCGCGCUUACUGCCACGCUCACGCAUCUGGACCUCACUUCGGAGAGGGUGCCGACUGGGACGCUCGCCCGGUUCACGCGGCUGACCCACCUCUGCUUUUUUGCCGAGCACGUGGCGCCGGAGGAGUCCUGGCGGGAGAGCGUCUUUGCGACGCUUCCGCAGCUCAAAAUUUUGCUCCAGAUAUCGUCGGUCGCAGUCGUGCAGCACGCGCGCCGCUUGCCGCCGGUUUGCGACGAUCCCCGCUUCAUUGCCCUCGCCCCGCCUCGCUCGCGGUACUUCCCCAAGGGCCGGUUGUAUGUGGCGCAUGGCUGCUGGGAAGCGGCAGAGAGAAUUGUGGAAGAGAGAGCGGCUAAAUCUAAGAAGACCGAGAAAAUCCCAAUGCUCACCAGUGUCACCACCUAA